CUCAUUGUACAUCGUUCAACAUGGGGUUGUCUCGAUGCGUAUAGUUUAUGAGAGACACACACAAAUAAUCGGUGCGUCAAGCGAUUAUCGAUAGAAUAAAUCGGUGUUUCGUUCCGCUGUGAAUUUUUUUUGUUGGAAUUCGUUCGGUAUUGUGUCGAUUUUCUCAGUCGGUUUCAUUAGUGGCCGCGAUUCCUGUGCGCAUCGCGAUCAUGUAUAAUAGGAUCGUAAGCGCGAGAUUGGUGGAGCAGCGUACGAACUUAGUAACGGUGUAAUUUAGAAAUGGAAAAUUAAAUUAAAGCUAAACAGAGUGGACAAAUGAUUUUUGUAUACCGUUAGGCUCGUGAUCAACGAUCAAAACGGGUGGCUGUUGUCGCGAGUCUCGAACAUACAGCGAUACCGUUUUUGAACGCAGAGCUCAGCAUGGUGAUACGAUCUGACGGUGGUAGCAGUGAAAGCCCAUUACUUGUGGAAGAAGGAGAAACAGUUGGUGCCCCUCAUAGUCCACGCAGUAAACAUAAUCAUAGUCAUUCACAUGCCAAUCCUCAUAGGUCACACAGUUAUCGCCAUGAGAAACCGAAGCAGCUAGUAAAAUAUGGAGAAUUAGUUAUUCUAGGAUACAAUGGAUUCCUCCCACCAGGAGACAGAGGAAGACGAAGGAGUAAGUUCGUCUUAUUUAGGAGGCCUGCACCAAAUGGUGUAAAGCGCAGCAAACAUUAUAUCGUGAAAACGCCUCAUAGUUCACAAGCUAUCCUCAACACUAAACAACAUUCAAUUUCAUACACGUUAUCUCGAAGUCAAGCAGUUAUCGUAGAGUAUACCGAGGAUGAAGGGACCGAUAUGUUUCAGGUCGGACGUUCCUCCGAAUCUCCAAUUGAUUUCGUAGUUAUGGACACAUGUGCAGGAGGCAGCGACGGAUCGAACGAAGGACGCGUUGCUCAGAGUACAAUUAGCAGGUUUGCUUGUCGUAUUCUAGCCGACCGUGCGGAUCCUAGAAUCGCAAGAAUAUACGCAGCAGGUUUUGAUAGUUCAAGGAAUAUCUUUUUAGGGGAAAAAGCUACGAAGUGGCAAGAAAAUCGCGAGAUCGAUGGACUCACCACGAACGGUGUAUUGAUAAUGCACCCACGAGGUCAGUUUUGUGGUGGCGAAGCACAAUGUGGAUUCUGGAGAGAAGUCAGUGUGGGAGGUGGAGUAUUUUCGUUAAGAGAAAGUCGAAGUGCUCAACAAAAAGGAAAUGUCGUGGAAGAUGAAAAUAAUAUUUUGCAAGACGGAACGCUUAUCGACCUGUGCGGUGCUACACUGCUUUGGAGAUCGGCUGAAGGACUUGCCAAGUCUCCGACAAAACAUGACUUGGAGGAAUUAGUUGACGCCAUAAAUGCCGGAAGACCACAAUGUCCAGUCGGUCUGAAUACAUUAGUCAUACCACGUAAAGCAGCCGCAGAUUCGACCCAACAACAGCCAUAUGUUUACCUGAAAUGCGGUCACGUACAAGGUCACCAUGACUGGGGCCAAGAAAAGGACAAAGCCACGAGAAGAUGUCCGAUGUGUUUAGUAGCCGGUUCGGUAGUCAAACUUUCUAUGGGAAUAGAACCUGCAUUUUACGUCGAUUGUGGCCCACCUACUUACGCAUUUAGGCCUUGUGGACAUAUGGCUACAGAGAAAACUGUCAAGUAUUGGGAAAAAGUAGCGAUACCGCAUGGUACAAACGGUUAUAUCGCAAUUUGUCCGUUUUGCGCAGUCCCUCUUGAAGGAACCCCAGGAUACGUGAAACUCAUUUUCCAAGAUAAUGUAGAUUGAGGUUCGUUUACCGUACGGUCGUGAGUAUUUGUAGAGAUCAUUAACUUCUUAUAAAGUGCAAGGAUUAUUAAAAUUAAUGAAAUGUAAAUAAUCUUAAUACAAGUAUAUAAACAAAGUUCUGUUUCUCUUCCUUGAUAUGAAUUUAAGCAAAAUUUUGUAUGUACAAAUAGCUCCACGAUAACUAUUAAGUAAAUGGCUCUUGAAAUAAACAUCCCUUCUUAUACAGUAUUAUUCAUAUACAUAUUAAUUUUCUGAACGUAUUGACGAAUUAUUAAUUUAAGUUAACAAUGUACGUUGUUAUUGUUAUUUAUAUUUGUUUUCUAAUUAUUCGUAUUCUCUCGUCGCGUACCUACUACUUUAAAAAUAAAUAGUCCAUUCAAAGACUUACUCCUUUACGGUUUUCUUUCUUUUUUAAUUUUUUAUAUUAUAACUGGUACAUGUUUGUGUAAUAAUGUGGUUUCAACAAGAAUUACCGAAACGUAUAUAUUAAGUAAUCAUAUUAUAAAUAUGCAACAUCUCCUAAUUACGUGGAAUUACAUUUCAUUCUAUUCUUAUGUACACGAAAUAAUAACUAGAUUUAAAAGUAUAUUGUAUCAAGAGCAAGUGUAGAAUAAGGGUAUUAAUAUAUUGAUAUCUAGUAAAUUCAAUCCUGUUCUUAUGUUAACAGGAAUGUGCUUAGUUUUACAUAAAAGAUAUCUCGGAA